GGCCGCGCGCUAGGCUCUCUGCCUAGCGGCUGGAAAGCGCCGCAGAGGCCGCUGACUGGCCGGGCGCGACGCCGCGGAGGGAGCCGGGCGCCUGGGCCUCCCGCGCGCAUGGGCGCGUCGGCGGCUGCCUGAGGAAGGCAGCGAAGCCAGCGGAGCUCAAGACCUCGCGCGUCCCACGAGCGGCUGCGGCGGGCCGCGGAGCCGGCGCGGCCAUGGCGACGGGCACUCAGCAGAAAGAGAACACGCUGCUUCAUCUCUUCGCCGGCGGGUGCGGGGGCACAGUUGGUGCUAUUUUCACAUGUCCACUAGAAGUCAUUAAGACGCGACUGCAGUCUUCGAGACUAGCUCUUCGGACGGUGUAUUACCCUCAGGUUCAUCUGGGGACCAUUAGUGGAGCUGGAAUGGUGAGACCAACGUCUGUGACGCCUGGACUCCUACAGGUUCUGAAAUCAAUCCUGGAAAAGGAGGGACCAAAGUCACUCUUUAGAGGCCUGGGUCCAAAUUUGGUUGGAGUUGCACCAUCAAGGGCUGUGUACUUUGCAUGUUAUUCCAAAGCCAAAGAGCAAUUCAAUGGCAUCUUCGUGCCUAAUAGCAAUACUGUGCACAUUCUCUCAGCUGGCUCUGCAGCUUUUGUCACAAAUACCUUAAUGAAUCCUAUUUGGAUGGUUAAAACGAGGAUGCAGCUAGAACGCAAGGUGAGGGGCUGCAAGCAGAUGAACACACUCCAGUGUGCUCGGCGUGUCUACCAGACAGAAGGCGUCCGCGGCUUCUAUAGAGGGCUGACCGCCUCCUACGCUGGGAUCUCGGAGACAAUCAUCUGCUUUGCUAUUUAUGAGAGCUUAAAGAAGUGUUUGAAAGACGCUCCGAUCGUCUCCUCCACAGAUGGAGCUGAGAAAAGUUCCUCUGGCUUCUUUGGACUCAUGGCAGCUGCUGCUGUUUCUAAGGGAUGUGCCUCCUGCAUCGCUUACCCACACGAGGUCAUCAGGACGCGGCUCCGCGAGGAAGGCAGCAAGUACAGGUCGUUCGUGCAGACCGCGCGCCUGGUGUUCCGGGAGGAAGGCUACCUCGCCUUCUACCGAGGACUGUUUGCUCAGCUCAUCCGGCAGAUCCCCAACACUGCCAUUGUCCUGUCCACCUACGAGUUCAUCGUGUACCUGCUGGGAGAGCGUGCUUAGUGACAGGGCCACAUGGUUGUGCUCUAGAAGAAUAAAACUGAAAACCCUAGAGAUUUUCUUUUCCGUUGAUGUUUAGUGUUCAAAACUGAAACAGCGAAGGCCAUAGAAUACCUGGCUCAUGUCACCUGUUGGACAUUUCCUUUUGGAUUCUUGUUUCUGGAAGGUUGAAAUUCAUUAACGUUAAUAGUUAAUUAUAACUUUCUUUUUUAACUUAAGAGGACUGAGGAUUGAGGAGCAAGUAAAUUAAAUCAUGCUAUUUAAUGUAAGUUCGUGCUGGGCUGUGUUCUCCUUUGUGCUUACUGGGCUGCCCUAAGCCGGCCACGGGGUCUGGCUGGGCGUGGGGAAGUGAGAAGCGUGACUUGUGGGGACUGAGUGGUGGACAGGAAAGAGCGGUCACGCUUGGUGACAACUGUGAGCAAAUGGUCCACAGCUUUCCCUCUGUACAUCUCCAUCUCCCCCCUCCAUGGUGGUAGGUUUAUCUGUAAUCUGUUUCCAGACACUGAAUGGGGGUGGGGGUGGGGGUGGAGUGUAACUUCCUUAACCACCCCACCCCCCACCCUUUCUGAGUCAGGGUCUUGGUGCUGUAGCCCAGACUGAUCUUCACCUUUAAAUCUCCUGCCUCAGCCUCCCAAGGGCUGAAAAUGCAGAUGUACACCCUGGGCCUGACCUAGCUGGACAAUAAAAACUGCUUUUAGCUACAUU